ACGGAAAGCGAAUACAUUUAGGUAAUGAUGAACCUAAAAAAAGACAAAAACCUAUCGGAGGAACGAGGGCGAUCGACCCGUGAAAAAGGAAGGGAGGGAGGAAGGGAGGAAGGCAGUAUGAUGGUCUUUCUCCACUCGACCCUCGCAUGGUUCCUGCUCCUGAUCGACUUUUAGCUCGGACCGAACUUUGAAGGAGCGAGAGUCUUCGUCAGCCAACAACAAUUCUCCUGCCAUCAUCCUUUCACCUCUACACCUCCAUCACUUUUCAAACCCUCACCACACUCCUUCAUUAAAACUAACUGAUCUUCGCUCGUCUCGCUCGCUUUUAUCACAUUCUUUAUUUAUUUAUUUUUUCUUAUUUUUUUCAUACCCUCUUUCAAGUCCAAGACUUUUUCCUCUUUAUUGGACGACUUUUGACGACAGACUUGCAUAAUGCGCUUCUCCUCUGUCGUCCCUCUUGCCCUCGCGGCCGCUCCCGCCGUCGUCUCUGCCGCUGGCACUCUUGGUUUCGCUCUGGGCGACAAGAAGGCCGAUGGCUCUUGCAAGUACACGGCCGACUACGAGGCUGACUUUGACACCCUCGCCGGCCUCACCAAGGUUGUCCGCGGCUACUCUGCCAGCGACUGCAACACUGCCCAGCAGAUUCUCCCCGCCGCGAAGAACAAGGGCUUCCAGGUCUUGCUCGGUGUCUGGCCCGACACUGAUGCCUCCUUCGCCGCCGACAAGGCCGCUCUCCAGGCCUACGUUCCCCAAUACGAGGACCAGGUCUACGCCAUCACCGUCGGUUCCGAGUCCAUGUACCGUGGCACCUUCACUGGUGCUCAACUCUUGGAGAAGAUCAACGACAUCAAGGGCGCUUUCCCUAAUGUUCUCGUCGGUACUGCCGACAGCUGGAACAAGUACGCGGACGGCACUGGUGAUGCCCUCGUGACUGGCGGUGUCGACUUGCUCCUUAUCAACGCUUUCGCCUACUGGCAGGGCCAGGACAUUAACAAUGCUUCCGCCACCUUCUUCGACGACGUCUCCCAGGCUUUUGGUCACAUUCAGAGCCUGUCCGGCUCCACUGACAAGCCUAAGCUCGCUGUUGGUGAGACUGGCUGGGUUACUUCUGGCGGUACCUACGGCUCUGCUGUCCCUAGCGCUCAGAAUGCUCAGACCUUCUACAAGCAGGGCAUUUGCGGCAUCCUCGACUGGGGCGUUGAUGUCUACUACUUUGAGGCCUUUGACGAGCCCUGGAAGCCCGUCAGCAAGGGUGACAAUGGCGAGGUUGAGGACGAGACCGCCUGGGGUGCCUACACCGUCAACCGCGUCCCCAAGUUUGACCUCUCGUGCUAAACUCGUCGCUCGUCCCAUUUCCAAUUUCCCGUACAACUUAAUUCUUUGAAAAAUUCAAGGUCAACUCCGGAUUAGAUUUAUUUUUGGGUUUAUCCUUUUUUUUUUUUU